GAGGUCCUUGGCUGCCCAGCUGACAAGACCCCCCUCUUGACCUCGCUGACGAGGCCCUAAGGAAAGCAGAACAAUAUGUUUGGCAGCAGCUUGGCUGCAGAAGUUGCCAGAAGGAGGCCUACAAGGCACCAUCCAACUGUCUUCAGGACUCCACUCUGGAUCUGUGUAGGGUUUCACUCCUUAACCUUCUCUCCUCCUGAAGAUAUCCCGCAAGGAAGCAGAGGUUUAGGAUCAGAGCUCUCCUCCUCCUAGAUGGGCUACCUUCCCAUGUGGUUGAGCCCCAUGUGCCCCUCAACAGCGCAUGCAGAAACCGCCUUCUUGACCGUUGGAGUCACUAUUGGUCUUGUCCACUCAAUCCACCAGAGCCUGUUUUUGCAUGCAGGGGAAGUCCCUAACUCGUUGAGGGUUUGAGACCCCUUGGCUACCCCUCACCUGCUUUAGCCAGUUAGUUAAAGCCGUUUCCCAGAGUGCGGCCACUGUCGCAUGCUGACAGUUUCUAGGAGCUGCAGGUACGGGGGGGGGACCAAAGGUGGACAAACUACCCCCAAAAGAGCAUUGUAACCCUCCACUAAUACCCUAUACAGUGGUACCUCUGGUUAAGAACUUAAUUCGUUCUGGAGGUCCGUUCUUAACCUGAAACUGUUCUUAACCUGAAGCACCACUUUAGCUAAUGGGGCCUCCUGCUGCCGCCGCCGUGCGAUUUCUGUUCUCAUCCUGAAGCAAAGUUCUUAACCCGAGGUACUAUUUCUGGGUUAGUGGAGUCUGUAACCUGAAGCGUCUGUAACCCGAGGUACCACUGUACACCCCAUUUCAACCACCUUAAACAGUCCUGGCUUCCCCCAAAGAGUUCUGGGAGCUGUAGUUUAAGGGUGCUGAGACUCGUUAUGACAACCUCUAUUUCUCUCACAGAGCUACAAUUUGAGGGAUUUAACAACCAAGCCUUCUUCAAAGGUAGCUCUUGGUCAUUGUAGGGGAAUGGGAAUGUGGCCAUCUAAGGGUUGUGUCUAUGUUGGGGGCUGUUAUGAAGAGAACCCACACUUCACUGUUUACCACCACAGCAUGGAUUGGGCCCGUGCAGUUGGUAUAUCCCCAGAAGCAAGCCCCCAUAGUUAGAUUAACCUGCAAUCAAUGAGGCAAAGGGGCCGAGAAAGUUACCUGCCUCUGUUUGAGAUCAUCUCCCAAACAUGAGGCACUUAUGGCAAGACUUGGACCCGCCGCUGGAAUGGAAAAGCCCAUCUGGGACCAGAGAAGGUGAUGUGUGCCUGUCUCCAUCCCACAGAAAGGUGUGCUUUUGGAACUGAGGUAUGAAUCAGAUUUGGAGGCAGUGAGAGAGAGAAAUUAUGUUGCUUGGUGCACAGAGAGAAAGACAGGGAAAGGCAGAGGAAAAACUGGCUGGUGGUUCUAAGCUGAAAGCAUCUGGGGAUCUUUCUGUGGGAUCUGAUGCAGGGCAGUGGAUUUGCUCUCCAGGGGAAAGGCUGCAGCUCAGUGGCUGAGCAUCGCUUUCCGUGCAGAAGGUCCCAGCUUCAAUCUCUGGCAUCUCCAAGCAGGGCUGGGAAUGUCCCUCGUCUGAAACUCUUGAGAGCUUCUGCCAGUCAGUGUUGGCUGUAUUGAGCUAGAUAGACCAAUGCUCUGACUUGGUAUAAGACAGCUCUUUCUGUUCCUAGGAUAUUAUAAUGCUGCUUGCCUCCCUACGUUCUUCCUGGACUUGCCCAUUUAUUCUUGCCCAUGCAAGUCGGCAGGUAAAACAAAUGUGACCAAAAAUGCCCUACACCUCCAGAGGGAUCUCUGCUGCAAAAAGGAAAUCAAUUCCAGCCAAUUGCCACCAUUCGGGAGCCCUGAGAGGGUGUGGCCCUUGAGCUGGGAAUGGUUCUUCUGGAUCCCAGGAGAGAAAGCUGCAAAUAUGACUCAGAUCUACCUGAAUAGGGCUAACAGUGAAAUGGCCAAGGGAAACGGGCAGACGAUGUCCAUUUUGGAGCAAGAGGAACCUGAUAGAGAAUGGGCUUGUUUUGAUUUCCCUUGUUGCUCAGUGUGCAUGGCCUCUAACCUCUCUUCCACUCUUUGCCAGUCUGUUCCUACUAGUCCAGUAAUUACUGGGCCAGGUGUUUGCCUGUGUGCCUCUGCCAGGUGUUGUUGUAACCAUGGCACUGGGGAGAGGCACAACUUCCCCCCUCCACUGAUAAGAGCAGCUUCCAGUUUCUCCUCUCAGUGAAGUCAGUUGGUGGGAAAAGAUUCCAAGGAGCAGAGGCUGAAGGGAGGGGGAAGGAGAGAGAGAGAGAGAGCAAAUUCAGGCACCGAGCAAAGCCAGUUAGCAGCAUCUGCUUCGUUCACCAGCUGGAUUGCAAACAGCCCUCCAAUUUCCACCUGCUGCAGAGCAGAUAAUUCUGGAGCUGUUCAUCAGAAGGAGCUGGGAUAACUAGAGAGGACCUACGCCCAAACCAUUGCAAAAGAAACUUGACGCCAACAAGUCUUUUGGAACAUUUUCCAAAAAGGCAUCCUUGAAGUGUGUGUGUUCUCAAAGAGGAAAAAACCAAAUAAGGGCAAACUGAAUAUUUGCAAAAUCUCUGCGUGUUUGCUUCACUGAAAAUCCUGCAGUGAGAUCUUGAACCAACGACUGUUUGCAGAGUGCCUGAUCUUGAAAACUGCUUCCAUCGUACUGGAACAGAAGCAGAGAGGCAGACCUGGGGAAACAGGGGUAUUAUAGAAAGAAGCAGCAUCUUUGACAAAGCAACGUAAGCUCUCCAAACUGCAGGGCCACUGAUUUAAGUGCAAGCAGCCGACUCUCAGGCCAGAAUACUCUUCCCUUGAAAUAGCAUGACUGACUUAUUAGUGUGUGUGAGAGAGAAAGACUAAGCCUAGAGCAAGGAACGUCGCAGAGCGGGACUGAUUUGAAUACUCUGGUCCACUGUCGAAAACUCAACCCCCCACAGAUAUAGUUGGAGAAUAAGCUGGAGACUCACAGCAUCAUGGAAGAUGAGGAAGGUAAGGACCUUAGAUUCUUUAUUUGGAAGAAAAAUAAAAUAAAACUUGGUUUGCUUAAGACCUGCUCUCCAAAGUUGAUUUAAAAAAAACAAUUAAGUAGAUUUUUCUCAUGCUGCUAAUCCAGUCUCUGUGUAAUUAAGUAGUUACGUGUGAUCACCUAGCAAUCAAGAAGAACUUUUUGAUUUGAUUGUUUGUUGCUGUUUCCCCUGGGCAAAACAUGCUUUAUUUUGAAUGACCUAAACAGCUAGUGAAGGGAUGUGUAAGGGGGGGGUGAGGCACCUUUUGUUUCUGUAACCAGUGCUUUGUAAAUGCUGUUUUACAUAUCAAAGCAACUGUACAAUGCCCCCUGUAGCUAAGUGCUGAUUUGAACACUUCAUUUCUUAGUUGGCUCUGAUCCGUGCUUCCAGGGGGUCUCCAAGAGCUUUUUUGUUUUAUAAGCCCCAGAAUCAAGGAGUCCCAUCUCAGUAUUUGCUGUAACCCAUGCAAGCUACGUAGGUCGGAUUUGUGAAGUGCUUCAGACUGUCCUAAAAUCUCCUGGGUCCACACAGCUGAUGGGGACCAGUGGAGUCCACGUGGCUGCCGGCAUUCGCCACAGAGAAGUCCUGGGAGGAAAAGAGCCUGCUCGUAUGAAACCCCUCUUCCAUGGUGCAGGGUUGCAUGCCAAACCAGGAACAGGGGGGAACCUGUUGUCUGCACAAGGAUGGAUGUCAUGGGAUGGAUGCAAUGUCUGCAUCUAGACCCCCAUCACUGGAUUGAUUAGCCACUGUUGAUCUGGCCAGCAGGCUCUGUUUGUGCCAGGGAGCAAUGUGUCUCAGCCUACUAUUUGUUUUCUCUUUGGGGAGGAAAAUGUCCUCUCUUUUCCCCCCUCACUCUUCCCUCAGAACACCCUGCUGUUGCGUCCAUCCGCUAGUACCAAAAUGGCUUCCGAUUUCCCCAGAUCUUGGCACACAAAGUACCUUCACAAUUCUUCAAGGAUGGGGACACCUGCUGCCCUCCGCCUGUUGCUGAACUCCAGCUUCCCUCAGCCCCAGUCAGCAUGGUGAAGCAGUCAAUCUUCUAUGCUGACAGAGCAGAAGAUUUUCAAAUUACGUAAUGGGGCUGUAGUUCAGGAGAUGGCUUCCUAACUUCUAAUGGGAAGGGACAUGAUGUAGGUGUUAUACGGCCAGCAGGACUGACCUAAGACAUUUUGCUGCUUCAGGUGGAACAAUAAAUAGCUCCCACAUCUCCUCAAGUCAUGAUGCACAGCAGCACCCAAGAUUAGCCAAGUCCUUUUCGCACCUGAAGCAGAAGAUUCUCCCCAGGAAGAAGCUGGCCAGGUGUCAGAAACUAAGGAGACCCUCAGUGACAGCAACCACAGGAGUCUACCUUGGGCACCUUAAAUGCUCACAAAUUGUUUGUGGCAUAUGCUUUCAUGCACUAGAGGCUAUUUCACUGUGACUUUUAAAUAGGAGGUCAACUAGAAAUAAACAGCCAAAGACAAGUUGUUAUUGUUAUUCUGUUGUAAAAUGCAGCCACUUCUUACUUUUUUAUUAUUUCAAAAUAAUAAAAAAACGUGUUUAUUUCAUAUACAUGAAUAGCUUUGCUGGUCAAUGUUUGCCUGCUGAAGAGGCACUUCUGUCACCAGGCCUUUAUCACCUGAGUUGUAUGUUUUUUGGAUCUACCCUAUUCUUGUGGAUAUGGUUUGUUUCAGACUGUUUUAAUAUUGCAUUAGAAAUUGUUGUAACCCUCUCUCGGAACAUUUGAUGCAGGGCAGAUAAUAACAGUAGUCGUAAUAAUAAUAAUAGCAAUGACAAGUUUUCUGUCUAAAAGCAAAAGCAAAACAAAGCUAAGAUAUGUGCUUUGGACCUAGAGAGGGUUAGCAGAGCUGUCAUUAUUGCCACAUGAGGUUGUUGCACUGCACAUUCCUGCCACAUUCACACCAUACAUUUAAAGCACUAUAAACAGUUGUUGUGUGCCCCCCCCCCCAAGUAUUCUGGGAGCUGUAGUUUGUUAAGGGUGCUGAGAGCUGUUAGGAGAUUCCCUAUUCCCUUCACAGAUCUACAAUUUGCAGAGUGGUUUAACAAUCUCUCUUCACAGGGAACUCCAGGAAUUGUAGUUCUCAGCAUCCUAACAAACUACAGCUCCCAGAAUUCCUUGGGGGGGGUAGCCACGACUUUUUAAAGUGGCAUCAUAGUACUUUAUGGUGUGAAGAUGAUCUUGGAGUUAGUUGCCUUCUUUGGAGUUUUUUUAGGUCGGAGCCCAUUCCCCUUUGGACUAUGGUUGUUGGUUCUAUUUUCACAUGCCUCCCAAAAACAGAAGAUCCUUUGGGGGAAAGGCUGUAGCUCAGAAGUAGAGCAUCAGCAGAAGGUCUUCGGUUCAAUCCCCAACAUCUCCAGAUAGGGCUGAGGACUUCCCCAGCCUGAAACCCUGAGGAACCAUUGCCAUUCAGUGGUGACCAUAGAGGGAUCAGUAGUGGAUUCUCAUGUUCCAUGUGAGUUGUGAAACCUUUGUGUCGAGAUCGCUUAUUGCCUUGAAGUGAAGAGGAGCUAAAAUAACUGAACUAAUUUGCACUGAAGCAAGAUGAAGGGAGAACAACGCCUCAGUAGGUGCAGGCAGGGGGAGAACUAUAUUAUUUCAGUUAUUCCAAAUAGAUAAGCUCCCUGUAAACCUCAAUAGGUAUGUGUUUUGUGUGCCACCACAGGCUUAGCUUUGUUUUCAGUUGCUGUUUUUAACCUUUAAUGGUGUUGUUGUGAUUUAAGCACAUUUUUAUAACUAGAUUUGAAGUAGUUUUCUGUAGGUUUAAUGCAGGCCGCUUCGAGUACACUUGUGAAAGAGCAGGAUUUAGAUAUACGUGAAUACUUACAAGAGCAUAUUUUCACAAACCAAUGAAUUGCAAGUUUAUCUUUCAUUUCUUUGGGUUUUCCCUACCGAUCCACCCAGGUGACACAUCCUGCCCUACCAACAGCAGCCCAUCCUUCACCAGGAAUGAAAGCCAGAUCUAUAGGGGGAACUAUACCUUCUCCUCCUACUAUCAGCACUCCUCUCCAGUGGCCGCCAUGUUUAUUGUUGCCUACGUCUGUAUCUUCUUCGUGUGCAUGGUCGGCAACAUGCUGGUGUGCUUCAUAGUGCUGAAGAACCGGCAGAUGAGAACAGUCACCAACAUAUUCAUCCUCAACCUGGCUAUCAGUGAUGUCUUGGUGGGGAUCUUCUGCAUGCCAACCACCCUGGUGGACAACCUGAUUACAGGUGAGUGAAAGAAUAAAGUGCAAACACAUCGGAACAUAAGAAGAGAGCCCUGUUGGAUCAGGCCAAAGGCCAAUGCUGACCUGCAUCCUUUUCCCACAGUGGUCAGCCAGAUGCGUAUGAGGAGCAUUUGGGUGUUUAGAGGCAUAUGGUCUCUGAUACAGAAGGUAAUACUAACAAAUGAAAUGCUAACAAGUCUCCUGUGUCAUUAGGACUGUUCGAUAAGCUUACAGUGGUACCUCUGGUUACGGACUUAAUUCAUUCUGGAGGUCCGAUCUUAACCUGAAACUGUUCUUAACCUGAAGCACCAAUUUAGCUAAUGGGGCCUCCCACUGCCGCCAUGCCGCCACCACUCGAUUUCUGUUCUCAUCCUGAGGUAAAGUUCUUAACCCAAGGUACUAUUUCUGGGUUAGUGGAGUCUGUAACCUGAAGCGUCUGUAACCUGAAGUGUCUGUAACCUGAAGCGUCUGUAACCUGAGGUACCACUAUAUUUAUAAAUGUUGGGCCUUGCUGGUUUUGGAACCUAUCUACUGUCUCCAAUAGGACUACCUUAAAAUGACAGAAUAUGCAAUUGUGCAGAUGUUUCCUAGAAUGCAAUUAUUUUCUUCAGGCAGACUUUCCUCAUUUUGAAGUCUAUCUUUUUUCUUUUGUGAGCUAAGGCAGCUGGUGUUCCUGUGACAAAUACUGGUGGCAGAGUGACAGAUAUUGUAUUCAUAGAUUAACUUCAUUGGGAGACAGAAUGAGAAGUAUUGAGAUUUAUGAGGUUUGUUUUUUUCCAUUCACGCAGAGAACAACUUGGUUUUGUUAUUGGAAAAAAGGGCAACAGUCUCCAAUAAUAAUUUCUGCUAUGAUUCUCCCCAAGGAGGGAUUAUCCUCUUCAGUUCUUUAACAUGUGCAACAUGUUUGCACAACCAAAUGGUGGUACUUAUGCCCUGCAAAUUGUGUUGAGGUUAAGGAUGCUGAAAAAUCCCAAUUGCAGAAACUGCUGGUGUUUGCUUAUUUGUACCAUGUCCAGAAUGAAAUCAAUCAAGUGAAUAUGGUCAGUAUUCACUGUUGUUGUUUGCAGUCAACAAAUAAUAUAUGAUCGAUGAGACACACACUCCUUGGAAUUUGCACUUCAUUUCCUUUGCAUUAAAAUAAAUGGUGUGGAGUAACAUAGUGAUAACAUAAUUCAUUACACAUAAUUUCACCAUAGUAGACAGGAAGAAGGAUAGCUUAAUAUUAGUCAGAAGCCAAACUGCAGUGGAAUGGAAACAGCGCUGCAGCAACAAAUUCAAGGCAGAACAUAAAUCAAUGCCUUUUUACACCCAUAACUGAAGCACCUAGUUUUGGGACUUCACAAAUUUCAUGACAUUCCUAAUCCUGACAUCUUUAUGUCUUUGUGCUCUCUGUAGUCAGAGGGGAAGAGAGUGGAAAUAGUGGAGCAAAGAGCUGGGAAAAUACUACUUAACUAGCAAAGGUGGCUGACAGAGGGUCUCUGAACAAGAAUGGCUUGCAACCAUUGGCUCUUGCAAAAUAAGGAGAGUAUCAGCAACUCUAUUAUUUAAUUGUGUUCUAUGAAAGCACAAUUUCCAGUUUUGUUCUGUCCCAUCUCUGGCCAAGGCUUUCUCUGUUCGCUGAAUGGUAGGCAUGCCCAGUCCAAGAAUUCUGCAAAUUUUCUCCAGUGUUCCUCAAGACCAUAAUUUGUGAGAAAAGAUAAUGCUUCUCAGUGCUCAUCCAAGUGACUCAGAUGGCUGAAUGAUGAGUUCCAGUCAAAUGCCAUAUAGACACCCAAAGACUGCAGCAUGAGCUAUGCCCCCAAAGUCCUUUCUCUUUCCAGAGCCACUUUUCCUAAUUCACACCCAAUGGGGAUAGGGCAUAAGGUGUCGGCCUUUGGCAGAGCAGCAACUGGUUCAUUUGGAGCCAGAGAUUUGGCAACCAUAAUGGCACCCUGAACUACACCACCGCAACCACUCUAUUCCUCUUCCUGACUUGUUGACCCAUUGUAUCCCUUCCAACCCUCCAACUCUAUGAUUCUAUGAUCCCCAGACCUAUGGAUUAUAGCAUUACCCCAAUAGAGUCUGUUCUGCUUGCUAUCCAACAAUUCUGGGAGUGAAAUUCCUGUACUUGAAAGCAUCUCUCAGGGUUGGCCAACCUAUGAAGCCAGGUGAGGCAUCUGCCUCAGGCGGCAAGAUUCCCAGGGGCAGCAAAUCCCAACACUGAUCGUUCUUCCCCACUUGUUCAUCGUGUUGAUCUCUCCUCACCCCUUCUUCCCUGGUGGGAGGACUCCCACCAUUGAGGGGUUUGCCUCAGGGGCCCAAAUACCUUGGGCCAGCCCUAGCAUCUCUAAACAGUAAAUCUGGUUUUCUGGGUCGUAUCAAAGUCUAAGAUAGCAAGGAUGUUCAGCGGCUGAUUGUUACUCCAGAUGGGAGGCUGGGAAUUCACAUUCUGCAAGCAUUAGCAUCUUUGUAACAGCCGGGGGGGACAUGGCAUGGCAGGGUGGAGAAAAACAAAAUCUAAAAGAGCACGAGUAAUGUCUGCCUCUUUCAAGAAACAAUAGCUCAAGGAUUUGAAUGUCAGGGGACAUAAUUGAACUUCUGCCCGCCAUUCUUUCCUUCUUCCAGCAACAUGCACAUUCAUUUCAGUGGAGAGCAACAUCUUUCACAAUGUACAGCAUCCACGUUUGUCGAGAUGAAGCUCCAGACAGUGUGAUCAACAGAAAACAUUUAUCCGUGUGCAAACUGUAACAUAAUUGUUUCCUGACUGCUGAGUCACCUCCCUUUCCUUAAGAGCUUUUGUGGAUUUGGGAGCUUUGGAAACCCUGCUCCGUUCAUACUGCAGGUCGGGGUAUGUAUGCUGUAGAUCUGGCAGAAACCACAAUUUGGCAGAAACAUGGUUCAUUCACCUAUUUACACCUUUAGUCUGCAUGGAGGAGCCCAGAUUUUACAGCAUGGCCGUUUCAAGAGGGGCUUGUCCUCCACAGCCAUGGAGUCCAAGGCAUCUCUCCCAGACUGCCUUCAGCCAGCCUGCCCAAGAUGGAUCCCAGUCUUUUCCUCCUCCUCCUCCUUCACAGAACACCCUGCUAAAAACUCUCUUUUCCUGUCACCUCAUUACCCUGUUACCCCAGUAAUCUUCCCAACUUCCAGUCUCUGUUCACACCUCAGGGCAAGGGGGAAAGGACAGUUCUCUUGCAUUGCCAAUGAUCCUGUGUUGUUUCUUAAUGGCCCUAACUUGGCCAGGUCAUUUUGCAUACACUAGUUCCAGAAUUCCUCUGCGGUUUGUAUUUCUCCUUUCAUAUCCGAAAUAAUCAAAAUCCUAUGAUUUAUUAAUUUCUAGGGUUUAGUGUCCCCCCCCCCGAAUAUUUAUAACAAUAGGAAGCCUCAGGUGCUUCAAAGCACUGCUCGGGGUUCUUUAAAAAUCCUGCAUAGUGCUUUGAAAACCCAACUUUGGGAGUUCAAAGCAUUCAGUCAUCUGAUAUCAAAUUUAACUCGUGAGUCUAGCAUCUGCUAAGGAACACACGAGCCAAAAUGGUUUCUUAUUCCAUACUAGGCAUGACCAUCACCCAUUCAAAGAAGGAGCCACCAAUUCUACCAGGCUGAAGCAAGUCACUUGUGUAAGCCUAUGCAGAUCUCUGAAUCUCAGCCGAUAUUUCAUAGACCUUACUAUGUCUAAUAUUCCUUAGACUCUGGGAUAUUCAGUGAAGUGGUGUUGAGAGAUAGCUGUCAACAAGCGAUUUGUUUUUCUUAUCCCUUUUAACCAGCAAGGAGGUGGAAAUGUGAUAAUGAAAGGUUAAGAUGCAAGCUACUACUUAUGGAGAACUGCAGAUAAGAUAUGGAAAUGCCCGAGAUGUUUUGCCCAAACAUCAAAUACCUUAUUAGCAUAAUUCCUCAUUCCAGUGGAGCAUGUCAGUAUAGCAGCAUGCCAGAAACCAGUUAGGGGGCAAUUCAUUGAUCACUUAGAGUGGAGAAAUCUGAUUGGCCUCAGUGGAGCUUAGCUCACUGUAAAUGACCCUUGAAUAUUUCUCUUUAGGCAAGUCUGAGCUCUGCCUAAUGCCAAAUCUAAGUGAUGUUCUGAUUGGACUUUGGAUUGGAUUGCAGGACUGAGCCAUUGCUGUUUUUAAUCCUGAAAGCAGCAAUAGGAAAGAAGCCAAGCUGCAUGCUUAAAGCUAAUGCUCCAUGUAUGUGUGUUCGAAAAACACCGUUCUGAAAUUAUGUUAUGAUUCACAUUUCUGCUGUCCAAACGAAAGGGAGCAAAGGCAGGCCCAUUUUCACCACGGAAAGCCGCAAGUGCUGAGAGCCUGAGAGACGAGCACAAAAAGAUACAAAGGAGUUUUGGAAACAGAUAUUACGCUACUGGCUGCCUCUAUCUCUGUUUUUGCUGCAGUAGGUAGCCCUGGCAUUGCACUCUUGUAAGCUAAUUUGUACUUAAAACAAGAUCAGAUUUCUGACUAAUUAUUAUGCAGAGCAGGCAGGCACAUUCCGACUCAGCCGGGGCGGCCCUGUCAACGGCUGAAAACCUUAAUUUGUUAAAAUCAUAUUUAUGUUUCUGAACUGCUAUUAGCACUUCAGAGCUAUGCCUAAAAGACCCCAUUCCACACUGUAUCCUUUUAAUCAACAGAAUAAUGAGCUACAUGCCAGUUACGAGAUUGCUAUUGCUUCCCCAGCUCCCAGGGAGGAUAGCUUCAAUUUCCCUCUCUGAUUUUAGUGAAUUAAGGAUGGGAUUCACCUAACCUGUUACUGGAAGCUGUGCACAAGGACUUUCACUUGCACAGUGGGGCCUUCCCUCCCCCCAUGUCACCCACACCCCUGAAAUUAGCUCUGGAAAGGGUCAGGAGAACCCCCAGAAUAGCAUGGGGGGGGGAAGGAUAGUUCACUUUGGCAAGCGGGAAUGCUUGAGCAAAGGAAAGGAUUUUUUGAAUUCCACCCUAUGUAUCCAGCUGUCUAUGGGUGGUAGUCAAUGCUAGUCUUCCUCAGAGUAGGCCCAUUUGAAUCAAUGAACCUUAUUUAAUCAUGCCCAUUAACUUCAGUGAGUACACUCUGAGUAAGAUUAGCACUGAAUACCUUGUUUUAUUUACACAUUAAGAUCUGGAAAUUCAGGAUACCAAUUCAAAUUCCCUGCAGUGGUGCCAUUAGGUGCCCCUGGCUUAUUGGAGAAUUAAAAAAAACAGAACACAUUUAUCCUAUGUGACUGUAAAUAAAUAUGUGGUUAAGUGGUGGUAUGUACCUUGAGUGAGGCUCUGUUGUUUAAGCUGCUACGUCUGUCUCUAAAAAGUCACCCCAGGCUUGAGUGUGAGUUGUCUCAGCUAGAAGCUUCCCUGGGCUUGCUGACAUCUUCAUUUGCUCUUGAUCUGUAGAAAGUCAAAUAGCUCCUCCCCAUCGCCACCUCCACUUGCUGUUAACGAUGGUUACUUCGUUGUAGAUGUCGAAGCUCUUCCGUUAUUUAUAUGGUCUUUGUGUUUCUACAACAGAGGUUGCUGGGCUAGAACUCCCAGCAGCCCCAGCUAGCAUGACAAGUGGUCACAGAUUAUGAGAUUUGUUGUCUAACAACAUCUGGAGGGUCUCAGGUUCACCUCCCCUGCUUUACCGUAUCAGUCUCCCCCAGUCCUUUCCCCAUUUCUUGGCUUCAGAGAACCCAUUCCACAUUGGUUCACAUUGACCAUUCAACAGGAACACCUUGCAGAGGAUUCUGGGAAAUGUUCUUGGGUGCGCAAUAAGUGCACACAUGAAGCCUUAUGUGAAAUGGGAGGGCACUGCAGGAACUAGCCUGUGUUCUCUGAAGGCUGUGAAUUGGACUGCAAUGAAAAAAAUUGAUCCAUCGUGGACAAACUGCCCUUGAGGGAAGUCGAUCCAACAUGACGGUUCUGCUAACAGAAAAAUAGGUUUUGAACUCCACUGUGUUUAGCCUGUGGUCUAUAGUAAAUAAAAUAAUACACAGUGGAAUGGUUUUUCUCAAAUGCUUUUUAAUUUAGCAAUUUGAGCUUUGGGGUUUACAGUGACUAGCACCAUUCCCAAUUACAGGCCACAGCAAUGCAGAUAGAAUAUCUACCCAGUUUCAGUCCCCAGUAUUUUCAGGUAAGGCUGAGGGGAAAAAACCUUCCAAACCCCUGGAGAGUUGCUUGACAUUAUCCUGUAGAUAAUGUCAUGGCAGAUGGACCAGUGGUCUGACAAGGCAGCUUAUUAUGGGAAGGAAAAGUUGUAGGGCAGUGGUUUGGCACCUGCUCUGCAUGUCAAAAAGCCCCGGCAUCUCCAGGUACGACUGAGAGAGACGCAUCUGAGAUUCUGGAGGCCUACAAGGAGUCCCUAGAGACAAAAUACUGAGCUAGAGGGACCUAAAGUUUGCCAGCUUUGUAUGUUCCUAUAGCACGUCUGUCUCUUUGAACAUUCUGGGUCUAAAAGCUGUCAUUUGGAGAUAGAGAUUAAUGAAAUAUUAUGUCCGUUCUCCUGCUUUCCUUCUGUCCCCCACCCCUCCUGUAAUGAUCGAUGGUCUGUAUGUUGCCUCUAAGUAUACCUUUCCCCUCCUCAUCAAGUGACAACUGUCCACUUACCCUCUUAUCACCUUGAGCACUUAUAGCUGUCAAGCGGGGGGCUAAAUGCACCAGUAACUUUGAGGAUUCACUCUGCUGCUGAAGUCAAUAGAGAGCCAUCACAGCAGUAAAGCAAAAAAGAGGUUUGUUCUCAAAACAAGUGCAGAUUUUGCAGCAAAAGCUCUGAACGUAUUUUUAAAUGUGUGGCUCACUCCCAUAUUUAGCUAGUUCUCUUCACUAUCUGCUCUCUGACGUUUCCUGCAGAACUUUACACCCGUCUUUCCAAUCUGCAACCAACAUAUAUGAUGAAAAUGAAGCACAUUUGCAUAAUUUCUGAUACAAAUAAUAAUUAGUAGCAUCAUUAUGCAUAUGUUCUGAUUCUGCUAGGCAUGGAAAGGAGCGGUGCAAUUGCAGCGCUGGAAUCCUGCCCCCUUGCACUUACGCAGCAAUUGCUUUUGCUUCUGAGAUUUUGCUAAAGAUUGCCUCUGCACAUUAAAAUCUUUUCAGUCCAAAGGGCUAGAAAAUUCUUUCCAAACAAAAAAAGAAAGCUUUGCCCAUAUCCUCUCUACUGAUUAGAGUAUGUCUAAUCAAUCAAUAUCUCCCCUCAUAUAAGACACCUGUGUUAGAAGGGAACAGCAAGCGCUUAGGGCAGGAGAGUUUUCUGCACAUUCUCUCGAAGGAGAUGUCAAUCUUUUUCUUUUUUGACAGUAGGAAGUUCUAAAUGGGUAGCUGUGAUACCACAUGCAGCUAGCUCUGGUGCCCUGCACAAAUCUGACUUAUUCAGAAAUGAAUGGGAUUGUGAUCAUAUGGUGAAUGGAGACAUCUAGAGGAAGCUGAAAACAUUAAAGGCCGAACGCAGCAUGCUUACAAGCUUGGGAGCACUGUAUUUCUAAAGGACAACACAGUCCUGCUUGCUACAGGAAGAUAGAUAAGGCCUGCCUCAGAACAUUUGGGCAUUUAAAAUAGAUAAUCCAAAUUACUCCACCUCAAGGAACAAAACUACCCUGUAGUGUAGAAGGUUGAAGCUAAUCUUGAACACAAAAUGCGUGUGAUUUUUUUAAAACAUAAUUUAAAAUAGACACCAUAAACACAGGGAAUGGUGUCCCUAUGGGAAAUGGGAUUAUGCUGAAUGAAAGUCCAGAGGAAGCCACUGAAAGGGUCUGCUGGCACCUUUGUUACUGCUGGAUCUGAGCCUGGGAAACUGAAAAGAAAAUUUGUUGGCCAAGCGAUGCAAUAGGAUAUUAUAAUUAGUAUGAAAUCCCCAUCUUUGAAAAAGAGAGAAACAUGGAUAAACGUUGGGUUGAAAACAAACAAAUCGUGAUGGGGUUGCAGCAGCCGAAUGGUGAUUCCCAUGGGCAUGGGAUCUCUCACGGGAACCUGAUGCUAACUUGCAACUUGUGAAUGCUUUGGAGGCAUUUAUUUGUGCUUGUUUGUCAAUGAAUGGUUAUAUGUCACAUUGGUCAGGCUACACUGGUUGCAGUCGUUUCCCAGAAAACAUUUUUUUCCACAGUUUCCAAUAAAUAUUACAAUAUUGUUGCAUGUUUGGGGAGUCGGUCCGCAUGAUACCAGAGUCCUUUCUGAUUCUUGGCGUCCAAACUAGACGUGGUUUAGCAGCUCUCAGAGAAGGCUCGGGUUCGAUCACUAUGUGUUUGCUAUAUUACCUCUCAUGAGGUCCAGAAUGUUAAGAAAUGCACUGCAGUUGACACUCUGUAUAUCAUUCCAGGCUGGCCAUUUGACAUCACCAUGUGUAAAAUGAGUGGCUUGGUGCAAGGGAUGUCUGUCUCUGCUUCCGUGUUCACCCUGGUGGCCAUUGCUGUGGAAAGGUAGGUUUGUUCUAUUUAUUUCAAAGCGGUUAUAAACCACUUAGUGUUUCUAAAAACCUCAAAUUGACAUGCAGCAUAAAAACAGUAAAUGGUUUCAUUAACACAAAGGCAACAUUCCAUAUAAGAACAGGAAAAAUACAGUAUAUUAAAAAAAUAAAUAAACAGGAAUUCAUGCAGACAAAAACAGGGUGUGAUUUCAUGGGUCAGGUCAUUGGCCAUUGUGACCCAUAUGUUGGCAACCUCCUAUCUGGACUAUUGCAGUGUGCUUGAUGUGUGGCUUCCCUCGCAGCUUGCCCAGACACCUGCAGAUAGUAGAGAACACCACAGCCCGGGUGAUGCUCCUUUUCGGGCCCAUACCAUGCCAACGCUGAGGGAUUUGUACUGGGCUGCCUUCUAGCCACCAAGCCAACUUUAAGGUUCUGCUGCUUACAUAAAAAAAGGUAAAGGUAAAGGACCCCUGAUAGUUAAGUCCAGUCGCAGACAACUCUGGGGUUGCUGCGCUCAUCUCGCUUUACAGGCCGAGGGAGCCGGCGUUUUGUCCGCAGACAGUUCUUCUGGGUCAUGUGGCCAGCAUGACUAAACCGCUUCUGGGGCAACGGAUCACUGAAACCAGAGCAGCACAUGGGAAUGCCAUUUACCUUCCCACUGGAGUGGUACCUAUUUAUCUACUUGCACUGGCAUGCUUUCGAACUGCUAGGUUGGCAGGAGCUGGGACCGAGCAAUGGGAGCGCACCCCGUUGUGGGGAUUUGAACCACUAAUUUUUUGAUCGGCAAGCCCAAGAGGCUCAGUGGUUUAGACCACAGUGCCACCCGCGCCCCUGCUGCUUACAUACAAAUUCCUAAAUAACUUUGGACCAAGGCUACCCUCCACUGCCCAGCCUUGCAACCAGCUUUCGGAACCCAGUUACUUUUGUCAUGACCCAAUGAUGAUUGGCUUGUGGUAACACAGAGGAGGCUUCCCUCCCCCCCCCCCACUGGGGGCACCAGUUUUGCAGAACGCCCUCCCUGCUGAAAUAUGAGACCCCAUCACUAUUGGGAUUCCACUACCUCCUGAAUGCCUACCAGUUUAGACAAACAUUCCCUUGAACUCCCUGAUUUGUUUUUAAAUUGUUUUAAUUGUCAUGCUUUUUAAACUGGCUUUUGUUUUACUGUAUAUUUUAAUUAAGGACGUUUUGGUGCUUCCAUUACGCAUGGAAUUUUGUUUAUUGAUUUUAUAGUUGCAAACCACUUCAAAACCAUUUUGGCAUAUACACAGUAUAUUUUGUUGUUGUUGUUUAGUCGUUUAGUCGUGUCUGACUCUUCGUGACCCCAUGGACCAGAGCACACCAGGCACUCCUGUCUUCCACUGCCUCCCGCAGUUUGGUCAAACUCAUGUUGGUAGCUUCGAGAACACUGUCCAACCAUCUCGUCCUCUGUCAUCCCUUUCUCCUUGUGCCCUCCAUCUUUCCCAACAUCAGGGUCUUUUCCAGGGAGUCUUCUCUUCUCAUGAGGUGGUCAAAGUAUUGGAGCCUCAGCUUCAGGAUCUGUCCUUCCAGUGAGCACUCAGGGCUGAUUUCCUUCAGAAUGGAUAGGUUUGAUCUUCUUGCAGUCCAUAGGACUCUCAAGAGUCUCCUCCAGAACCAUAAUUCAAAAGCAUCAAUACUUCGGCGAUCAGCCUUCUUUAUGGUCCAGCUCUCACUUCCAUACAUCACUACUGGGAAAACCAUAGCUUUAACUAUACGGACCUUUGUCGGCAACACAGUAUAUUAGCUAUUAUUAAUAAUAAAUAAUAGCCAACACAGUAAAUAAGCAACCAUUUUUAAACCCCCAUCAAAGGCAUAUGCAGAGCCCCAAAAUAACCUUCUCUGUCAACUAUGGGAAAUGUUACAAUGGUGCCAUAUAUAAUUUUGAUAACAUUUUAUCCGUUCAUUAUUUAUGUUUAACAUUUUUAUUGCUUCUACCUUCUCUAUAACCCACUGUCUCUGAGGAUCUAUCGCACAUUGCAUUGUUUUUAACUUCUUGCAACUCUCCUUGAAUGUUUUGGUAGAAAAGUAGGAUGGAAAUUAGAAUAACACCUCCGUUCUCCCAACAAGGGCUUCAGGGAGAAAUAGUUUUCCCUCCCUACAUUUUAUCAGCACAACAACCCUGUAAGGUAGGUUGGGCUGAUUAGCCCCUCAUAUCAUGUCUGAGCAGGAAUCUGAGCCCAGGAUCCCCUGACUGAGGUCUGGCUGCAGCAUUAGUUUCACAAGCUGCUCAUGUUUGCUUUUGCCAAUGAGAACUUUGGGGUCUAUUGAAGUUUGUUCAUAUGUUUUAAUGACGUUUUGUCCUGAAAUUAUCAUCUCCUUUUAGAAAAGCUAGAAAGCCACGACUGAGAUGCAGUUUUCCCUCAUGUUGUUAUUAGCUCGCCAUGCUGGAAAAGUGCCUUCUUAAAAUGUCGCUUAUAAAAGGCCCUUUAAAUCCCUUGUGUUCUGGUACAGUACAUCCCACAAGUCUCUCAGCAGACCAUGAAGGAAAUGCUUGUUUCUCAUAGCUUUUCCAGUGUUGUAUCUGAAUAUAUUGCUUUUUCCCUCUUCUCGCUUAGGUUCCGCUGUAUCGUGUACCCAUUCAGGCAGAAGCUAACCCUAAGGAAAGCUCUGGUCACCAUCAUUAUAAUUUGGGUCUUAGCCUUAAUCAUCAUGUGCCCCUCAGCAGUCACCUUGACCGUCACCCGGGAUGAGUACCACUUCAUGCUAGAUGCCUACAACAAUUCCUACCCGCUCUACACCUGCUGGGAGGCAUGGCCAGACAAGGAGAUGCGCAAGAUCUACACAACCGUUCUUUUCUCACACAUUUACCUGGCCCCUCUCACCUCGAUUGUGAUUAUGUACGCUCGGAUUGCCUACAAACUCUUCAAGUCAUCCGCAAGCAUUAGAGGCUCCCAGUCGGAGGAGAACGAGGGAAGGAGAGUGUCCAAGAGGAAAAUCAGAGUUAUCAACAUGUUGAUCAUUGUGGCGUUGUUCUUUACCCUCUCUUGGCUGCCCCUCUGGACUUUAUUGCUGCUGACAGACUACGGGAACCUCACCGAGAAUCAACUCAACCUCAUCACGGUUUAUUUUUUCCCCUUUGCCCAUUGGCUGGCUUUCUUUAACAGUAGCAUCAACCCAAUCAUCUACGGGUACUUCAACGAGAACUUCCGGCGAGGAUUCCAGGAGGCCUUCCAAGUACAGCUCUGCUCCAUGGAAACAGAACACAAAAACACCUAUUCUGACAGGACCAACAGUGGACUGCUUUUUGGGGCACGCAAUCGGAUUUUUGUCGAAGUUCAAGGCAGUGACUCAGCACAGCCCUCUGAGUCUGGUCAGAGUAACCUUUUGAGAACAGGGCUGUAUCCUGCAAGGAACGGAAGGGUAGCUCACCAUGGUCUGAUGGUGGAGGACUUUGACAGCAAAAGUUGCUCCCCCAAAACUGUCAGUAUCCCAGCUUGGGAUAUCUAAGGAUAUUUAAGAUGCUGAUGGAUUGAUUAUACAAUAUAUUGUUACAUUACUUUCACAGCAUGUGAGCCAAAUCCAUUUCCAGUAAGCUUUUCAAGACCAAAACCCACUGUCGGUGUAGAUAUCUAAGUGAAGGGACUUGACGUUUGUGGAACUUCCUCUUCUUAUUCUGGGUUUUGAUACUUCAGUAUGACACGCACCAGUUUUUAUAAAGCACUGCAAUUUAUAAAUGCUUAUUCCUCCCCUUAGAACCUUGUAUAUAUUCCAAAUGAGGUGUUGGGAUUCAGGCCUGUGUUCAGGGCUGUCUUAAGCAUAUCUCACAGAGUUGUCGACCUUUUUUUAAGGGGGGGACUUCGGUCCAGCUUGUUUACAUCGCAUGGUCCAACGCGUGCUCGGCGCUGCAUGUAAGUAAGAGGCGCCCAGAUCGCAGCCCAGACGGCCUCCCACGAAGCCUCCCUCUAAGUGCCCAGCGCCCCUUACAUGUCCCCAUCCAGAGAAGUCCGCAUGACAGGAAGGCCAGCAAGCAGAUCAGGUGCCUUGUCGGUUGUCCCAUCCUCGCCCGGCGCCGGGAUUGCACAGGGCGCUUCCCUGAUCCACUUGCAGACUCCACAGGGAGGCGUGCAGAGCAGUGAUGCACCCAGAGAUGGGUGGGAGAGACAUGCCCGCCCUGCCCUGCACCCACCCCCGAUUGCACCCGCCAGGCACCCAGGCAGCCCCGGCAGGAGGGGACGCAAAGGGGCUUCCCUGAGCUGGACGCAGUGCGCUCCAAUGGGCAGCUGAAAGGAGAGGAGAGGGCUGCCCCAGAGCAGGGAAGGGAGCAUGCCCUGACUCUCCUUCCUGGACACUCAGCCUGUAGUGCCCUCCAAAAUCUGGUGCCAUGGCGCCGUGCACCACUAACGUCUAUGGGUAAGACGCCCCUGCCUGUGUUUAAAGAGGAACCAGACAGAACAAUUAUUCUGAACUAGAUUUCUAAAUAGAAGCGCAGUUGGCUGUGACUGGUCAGCAACCUCAUCUGUUGGAGACUGCUUGUUGUGCUACCUCAACAAUAAAAGCAAGGUAAGAGUGACAAGUGAGAGGAAGAAAAGCCUCCAUUCAGGAAACAGGAAGAUACAGUAUUUAGAGCACACACGCAUGCAGACCAUUCACUUACUCUAUAUCAGCCCCAUAAUUGAUCCAUUAACUUUUGUGAGACUGCCCGAGAAUGAUUCAAAUGUUACUGUUGUGUCACGGUUGCUGCUUCUAUGUGAUCAGAUGCCAGGGUUUUUUUGGGGGGGAGGGGGUUGGUUGUUGUUGUUUUGUUUGUUUUCGUAGGAAGGUGUCUCUGGAAUCUGAGAUUCCCAGCUAGCAUAUAUUACAUUUUGAGAAGCAAUUUCAAAACCUACAGUGUUGGCAGAGAACAUUGUUUAUGUUCCCAGCUUAUUGGGGUGGGUGUGGGGUACCAGUUUUAUUUAUGUCACCAGGAGCUAAGUUUAAAUGAUAGCAGCACAGCCAGAUCCUGUCAGGGAUUUGGUUGGGAUUUUUUGUGUUAAUAUGCAUCACUUUAAACUUGAAUGCCGUUGAUGUGUGUAUCUCAUUGGCCAAUUUGUUGCCCAUUCACCCUCUUGGACAGAUUGUGACCAAGUUGGUGCCAUUUACCUCACUGCUCAGCCUUGACUCCGUGUUAUUUAUGAAUAAGCUAAAUAACACCAGCCCCAAAACAUAUUCUUAGAGGAAUGUGUCUCUUAGUUUUAACAAUGAAGGAAAUUAUCUAUCUCCUCACAACCCCUGCUUCCUGGUGUAUGCCCAUUAGAGGACUUACCUGUACUUUUAUCUGUUUAUUUUUCCCACGGUUACUAAGUCUCCUUAGGAACCUUAGCUGAAAGAGUUUGUAAAAGUUUUUUGAAAGUCCAGGUAUAUAAUACCUGUCAGAUUACCUCUACCUGCAUGUUUGUUGGUGUUGAUACACUAAAAAAAUAAAAAUCUCGAAGGGGUGUUGAGGCAGUGUUCCGUUAAUUUUAUUAUGCUGACUUUAAAUGUUUAGCCCACCUUCCACACAACUUUGCAGAGUAGCUUGUUGUUCCUUAAUUGUUACACAGGGGAUAUAGCUGUGCUGUAAAGUGGUACAUAAAUAUGACACUAGAUGGCGACAGUGAGCUAUGCAAAAUUCAAUGUAUUUUUCAAAACUUUUUUCAUAUGUGUGUAGAUUCCACCCUGGAGAGGAGAUGACAUCCUCAUUUCAUUUCAGGAAGGGAUGCAUUUCUACCACAUGAGGUUGCCAAAUGAUAAAAUAAAGAGACUGUCCUGCUUUUUAACAGCAGCUUGAUCUACAGAAAUCAGCAGAUGAAGCUCUUCGCAACAGGAAGAAAAACAUGGUUUCAAAUCAAGCUGCUGUGAAAGGCACUGGAUCAGGGACCUUUUUUAAAAAAUAAAAAUAAAAUAAAAUGGCAGUUCUACUCAUUUCAAAUACAUGGCUUGUAUCCUUCAUUAACCCUACAUUUUAAAGAAUAAAAAAACCAAGAAAAUGGAGGGUGUGCAUGUUUGUAUAAGAAAGCAUCAUUGAAGCUCAAAGGCAAACCCAAGAAGAGAAUUCAUUUGCUGAAUCAAAGUGUUUACUGCCUGUAUUGGUCCGUUGUCUUCCAUUGCACUGUGACUAAAGACUACCUACCUAUUGCCAUUUUUGUAAAUUAGCAGUCCUGUGUUGUAAAAGUGGUCAUGAUGCUAUUACACAGUUGUUGACAAUGUAUCAGAAAUAAAAGAUACUCUCUGUU